CUUUAAAUUGAUAGUUUUUUUUUCUUUUUGCUUAACUCUUGAAAUUGAUAGUUAAAUUAAACAAAGGAUAUCAAAGCUGUUUUCUUUCAAAAAAAGUCUAUGACACCUUUAGAGAUAGACAUGUCUUACUGUGGUCUGUCGAUGAACAGUGAUGCGGCUACGGGUGCUACUGAGUUUAAUCCUCAAGUAAGAAGAGUAACGUUAGAGAAACAAAGCGAAAUAAGGAUCCAAGUCCCCCAGAUUUCGCCUCUCAAACUCCGAGUGCUCCAUGGCAAAGUUGAGAUUUUUGGUUCCGAGCUUCCACGAAACGUCUGGCUCACGUUUCCUCCUCUCCAGCAAUUCGCCGUCUUUACGUGGUAUGGUGCAACACUCGAAAUAGAUGGCGUCACAGAGACUGACAAUACAUCUGUUGAGACACCUAUGGUAAGCUAUCUUAGUAUACACAACUCUCUACAAGUACAAAGACAUCGGGUUACGUCCUCAACAAGAGAUUAUGUUUCUUCACAGGGACCAAGGGUUAUCAUUGUCGGAGAUACUGACUCUGGAAAGAGCACAUUAGCCAAAAUGCUUCUUAGUUGGGCAGCAAAUGAUGGUUGCAAACCGACCUUUGUUGACCUUAAUAUCGGACAAAGCUCGAUAACCAUACCAGGAACUAUUGCUGCUACAUCUGUUGAAACGCCAAUGGAUCCUGUUGAAGGAUUACCUCUUCAUAAGGCCCUUGUGCACUAUUUUGGUCACAACACACCGACAAACAACCUUAGGCUGUACAAAUACCUUGUUGAAGAGCUUGCUCGAGAAUUAGAAGAAGAGUUUGCUAUUAACGCUGAAUCUCGACGUUCUGGUAUGGUGAUUGACACAAUGGGAUGGACUAGUGGUCUUGGUUAUCAGCUUCUUCUCCAUGCAAUAAGGACUUUUAAUGCAUCUUUGGUCAUCGUCCUUGGUCAAGAAACAGAACUUGUCUAUGAUCUGAACAAAGCUUUCAAAUUCAAGAAAAACGUACAAAUCUUGAAUCUUGACAGGUCAUCUGGAGUUUUCUCCAGGUAUUCUGAUUUUCGCAAAAUGUUGAGGAACAAUAGCAUUCAGAGAUAUUUCAGUGGAGCCACAAACAAUCUCACGGCCUACACCAAAACCGCCAAGUUCACUGAUAUGCAAGUUUAUCGAAUCGGUGCCUUGAUAGAGAAGUCAAGGUCUACUGAACCUUUGAGGAUCACACCUGUGUUGAUUGACAAAGAUCUUCUGAAUACAGUUCUGGCUAUCUCAUACGCUAAACAGCCUCAUCACAUUAUCUCAAGCAUUGUUGCUGGAUUUGUGUAUAUUACGGAUGUUGAUCUUGGUGAAGAAAGAAUUACGUAUCUCUCUCCAUCCGCUGCUGAACUGCCUAGCAAGAUAUUCAUCAUGGGGACUUUGACAUGGCACAAAACUUGAGGAAGAAUAUCUGUUAGUUAUGAAGU